AAAAAAAAGGGCAAUAACUAGUUUUUAGUCUACCGUCUCCUUCUCUGCCUCGAGCGGCGAAACGUGAUAUCUCUUGCCUCUUUCCCCACAGUGAUCCCUUGUUCGGCUUAAGCUUACGGAGACGGAGAUUAGCCCAUUGAGUACAAGAACAAUGAGAUCUGAUUCAGCGAGAAUGGAACAUGGUUUGUGACUUUUAUGAUAUCUGCUACUCGUCAACAUAAAGGAUUCUCCUGAAUAUAUUUCAUAGAAUAUAGAGAAGAAGAAUGGCUGAUGGAAUAUCAAGUUUCUGGGGUCCUGUCACGUCCAGUAUCGAGUGUUGUGAGAAGAAUUAUUCUUACUCUUCUUAUAUUGCUGAAUUUUACAACACCAUUUCAAACAUCCCAACCGUUCUUUUGGCCCUCAUUGGUCUUAUCAAUGCCUUAAGACAACGAUUUGAGAAGAGAUUUAGUGUUCUUCACAUAUCUAAUAUGAUACUUGCCAUUGGAAGCAUGUUAUACCAUGCCACGUUGCAAAGCGUGCAACAGCAGAGUGAUGAAACUCCAAUGGUGUGGGAGAUGCUACUUUAUAUGUACAUCCUCUACUCACCAGAUUGGCACUACCGCAGCACAAUGCCCACCUUCGUCUUCCUUUAUGGUGCCUUUUUUGCUAUUGGUCAUGCAAUUGUCCGUUUCGGCAUUGGCUUCAAGGUGCAUUAUGGGAUCUUGUGUAUCCUCUGCAUUCCCCGAAUGUACAAGUAUUACAUUUUCACACAAGAUGCUUCUGCUAAGCGGCUUGCAAAGCUGUAUUUGGCCACCCUUGUCCUAGGUAGCUUGUGUUGGCUCUGCGAUCGUUUUUUCUGCAAGGAGAUAUCUCGUUGGCCAAUUAAUCCACAGGGUCAUGCAUUGUGGCAUGUCUUCAUGGGUUUUAAUUCCUACUUCGCAAACACCUUCUUGAUGUUUUGCCGUGCUCAGCAACGGGGAUGGGCCCCAAAAAUUGUCCAUUUUAUGGGUGUUCUUCCAUUUGUGAAGAUCGAAAAACCAAAAACCCAAUGAAAGAACACAAAGGCAAUGGAAUAUAGGCUUUCUUGAAACGUUUUGGAAGGUGACAGACGUGAGCAAGUGACCAGUUUUGUUUUCUUUUCUAGCUGCUUUUUUAAGUGUCAAUUGCAUAUUACACUGGUUAGGUGGGAUCCCAUCAGAUUUUUCAUUGUAGGUGUAGAACAUGUAUCAUAUUUAUAUGCCUUUGUUGGUAAUGAUGAGAUCAGAUGGCUUGUUUCUGGAUACUGGGAUCUGUUUCUGGUUUUAGAACAUAUAAUCUUGUGAUGAUUUGUUAUUGAACUCUUGAGGGAAUCAUGAUUUUUGAUUUUGUUA